AUGACGUUCCUCGUGAGUACUCCGCUCGCAUAGGCUCACCUGACAUGCUGCAUUGCGUACAUGGUGGUGCAACUUCGCUAAUUCCAGAUCCUUGGUGAUCUUUUUCUCGUAACAGGAUGGAAUCUCGCUCAUCAACUUUGUCAAGAGGUCGCCAGUGCUCUUGCGAGCUCUGACACCUCUUGCCAAGGCUUACGCACAGUCUUCUGGCUUUCGUCAACUCGGUCUCAAGUACGACGACCUUCUGAUCGAGGAGAAUGACGACGUACAAAAGGUGCGCCUCUCUUUACGUUGGCGGCAGGCUCGCGGUCGAAGCGGAGGGAAAGUAGGACACGUGUCGAGAGACGGCAGGUGUCGAGGGCAGCAAGCAGAGUGCGAGGAGCCCACAGGUGGGGGAUUUGCGUGGUGACAAUGAUGACAGGCUAGCAAGGGGAUGUCGAGGAUGUUGAUGCUGGACAACGCGCCUGCGUGCGCUUGGCGCUUCGACUGCGUGGUCUAAGCUUCAUUGAGCCUCGCGAUGGAGGAAGAACAUAUGAAGAAGAAGUUGCCCGAACCGCGCCUCCGACAAUGGCUCCCCGACACGUGACUGCAGGGAACAAUGGACACCUUUGCUGACACUUGUUUUGUGCCCUUGCCAGGCUCUCAAGCGCUUGUCGCCCCGCGAGCAAUACGACCGCGCUGCCCGUUUGCGAGCAGCUUCUCAAUACAGUGUGCUUCACCGCGAUGCUAGCAAGGAGCACUGGAUCAAGCCAGAAGAGGUGAGCGCAUGGCCUUUUCGCGUCCAGAGUGCCAAUACAAAACGAGGCUGGUGCUAAAUAUGUCCUCAUUGCUCCCACAUUAGGAUGUCCGCUACCUGCAGCCAAUCGUAGACCAGGUCAAGAAGGCAGAGGAAGAGCGCGCUGCAUGGGACACGGUCAAGGUCGACAGGAAGUAG